AUGGCGGUGUCAGGCUCCUGUGGCUCCUGCUGGGCCUUUAGCUCUGCCGGGGCCCUUGAGGGGCAGUUGGCCAAGCAGACCGGGCAGCUCGUUGACCUCAGUCCUCAGAACCUGGUGGACUGUGUUACAGAGAACGACGGCUGUGGAGGAGGCUACAUGACCAAUGCCUUCCAGUAUGUGAAUGACAAUGGAGGUAUUGACUCUGAAGCGGCCUACCCAUAGGUUGGACAGGAUCAGUCCUGCCGCUACAAUGCAUCAGGCAUGGCAGCCCAGUGCAAAGGCUACAAGGAGAUCCCAGUGGGUAAUGAGCGCGCGCUGGCUGUUGCACUCUACAAAGUUGGUCCAGUGUCUGUGGGCAUCGAUGCACAACAGAGCAGCUUCCAGUUCUACAAGCAUGGUGUUUACUACGAUCCCAACUGUAACAAAGAUGACGUCAAUCAUGCCGUACUGGCAGUAGGCUAUGGAGUGAACACCAAGGGGAAGAAGUACUGGAUUGUCAAGAACAGCUGGGGUGAGGAAUGGGGCAACAAGGGAUACAUCCUGAUGGCACGUAACCGUGGCAACCUCUGCGGCAUCACCAACCUCGCUAGCUACCCCAUCCUGUGAAGAGAUUAGGGAAAAUGAAGGGGCUUUGCUUAGACUACUAUAAGACGAAUAUACACUUGGAAAUGUUCAGAGUAAAUGUUCAUUUCAACACAUCCGCAAUCACUACAGUACAAUAUGUUUGUUUACAGUCUUUUCUAACAGGAAAUGGAAUUUGGAGUUAGCGAACAGGUUCACUUAAAACAGGUAUUAAAUGUUUUUGAGUCUUA